AUGUUGGCGCCUCAAGCCCACUUGGCCCUUCCCGCCUUGCCACCGCCGCCCCGGCCCACCCGCUUGGGAGGCCCAGCGAGGAGCCUCCGCCCAAGCUCCGGCACUCGGGGCGCAUCUCGGCGCGGGUUGGAGGUCUUGAAGGCGGCAUCCGCAGGCCGACGCGGGGCAAUGAAAGGUACAGAUGGCAAAGACGGGGGCGCUUUGAAGAAUCUGCAUGGCAGGACCGAGCUGGCCCUGGACGUCUUCUUCUUCGUGUCGGUGCAGGUCCUCUUCAGGAAACUGGGCUGCACCAACGCUAACACCUGCGCGCUGCCCUGGGUGGUGACGGCGGCCAGGGGAUUCUUUGUUCUCUUCAACCUCUGUUUCAUGGGCACCUACACAAGGCUGCUGAGCCGUGCCCGGCAAAGGCCGUCCACGCCCGAAAUUGCGCAGGACAUCACGAUCAUGGAGGGAAAGAGGCGAAAGGCUGCGAUGAAGAUCACGGUGCUACUUCUGCUGCACGUCUCGCUGGGCCUGGUCGCUCCGCUAGUGACGAGCUGUCUAAUUACCACCGUGGCCUUCCCUUUCUGGUGGGAUCGUAAGGCCUCCAUGUUGCUCAAGUACUGGUAG